UUUAUGUAUUUUGUUGUUGAUUGCAGAUGAGAGCAUUAUAAGUAUUCUCAACAUUUAUGGCUGAUGAAACUGCAGUUUUGCUACUGUAUGCUUUGGUUCAUGGGAAUUCAGACUUUUUGGAAUAUGUGUUGGUGCGGACUGAUAUAGAUACAUUGUUAAUGCCUUUGUUGGAGACACUCACUCUAUGAUGCUUCAAGGAGAACAUCAAAUCAAAUCUACAUGGUGUUGAUUAUUCUGCUUAUACUUAGUCAAGAUGCUUCUUUUAAUGCUAGCAUCCACAAGCUGAUUCUGCCUUCUGUUCCAUGUAUAAACAUGUCUAAAAUGCGGGAUGUUUAUCUACAUACAAAUUGCCUUGCAGCUUUAGCUAACAUGGCGCCUCAUGUGCAUCGAUUAAGUUCAUAUGCAUCACAAUGCCUUGUUAGUCUUUUUGAUUUGUUGUCACGCAAAUAUGCAAAACUAGCAGAGCUAAAGAAUGAUAAAAUGCAGAUAAAUGAUAGUGAACUCAAAGAUGAUGAUAAACUUCCUGAAGAUACGUCAGCAGAAUUGCAUAUCUAUACGGAUUUUUUGAGGAUCGUGAUGGAGAUACUGAAUGCAAUCCUGACUUACGCACUUCCAAGGAACCCAGAGGUGAUUUAUGCAAUUAUGCACAGGCAGGAGGUUUUUCAACCUUUCCGGAAUCAUCCACGCUUCAAUGAGUUGCUGGAGAACAUUUUUUCUGUGUUGGACUUCUUUAAUAGCCGAAUGGAUGCACAAAAGUUGGAUGGUGAAUGGUCAGUUGAGAAGGUGCUUCAAGUAAUCAACACAAACUGCAGAUUUUGGCGAGGAGAUGGGAUGAAGAUGUUCACCCAAUUACGCUUCACAUGUGAACAAGAAAGCCACCCGGAAGAGUUCUUCAUUCCUUACGUCUGGCAGUUGCUAAUCUCUUGCAGUGGUUUCAGGUUUAAUCCCAGUAGCAUAAACUUGUUCCCGGUUGAGCUGCCUGUUGAGAUAUCUACACUGAUGCACUUAUUUCCAAAAUAUUUGGAAUUCAUGGUUCAUUAA